AUGCAAUCUUUUUCUACCAAGAGCUCUGAUUUGAUGGAGAAAUGUGAUUUGGGUACCUCAGAUUUGGGUGGUAAAGUGGUGAUAGUGGCCGUUAAAGCAGCAAAGGAGAUCCCAAGGAACACUCUGCUCUGGUCUUUGACUCAUGUUGUUCAACCUGGGGACUGCAUUAAGCUGCUUCUGGUUGUUCCUUCUCAAUCCUCAAGAAAAAAGAUAUGGGGGAUUUCAAGAUUUACGAGUGAUUGCACCGCUGGUAAUUGGAAGUCUAUCUCUGGAAUUAGUUCAGAUAGAGAACAAGGUGUUGCAGAUUCAUGCUCCCAGAUGAUUCUUCAGUUGCAAGAUGUUUAUGACGCGGAGAAGGUGAAGGUUAGGAUAAAAAUCGUUCCCGGAUCACCACGUGGAAUCGUUGCUGCCCAAGCGAAGAAAGCUCAAUCCAACUGGGUUAUAUUGGAUAAACACUUAAAACACGAGAAGAAACACUGCCUGAAUGAGCUGCAAUGCAAUCUUGUCGUGAUGAAGAGAACUCGGGCGGAGGUUGUUCGAUUGAAUUUAGUUGGAUCACCGAACAUUGAACCUAAAGUGGAAUGGCCGUUAUUGUCUGAAUCAGAAACAUCUCCUAGAUAUAGGAAAAGCAAGCAUGGCCUGUUUGAUGAAACUAAAGGGCCGUAUGUGACUCCUGCCAGCAGUCCUGAGCAUGAAUCGCCUCUGACUGCUACUGAUGUUGGAAUGUCGUCAAUAUCUAGCUCCGAUCCAGAAGCCUCACCAUUUUUCCUCCAUGGAUUAUACGAGAGCUUGAAGAAAGAUCAUUCAUUUUUUAGUGAGGGAAGCCGAAAUCCAUUUGAAUCGGAUUCAGACUCCAACAGUGAGCCAGAUCCUCCUACAACAGGUUCAUUGCAUCUUGGGAAGGGUUUAGAGAGAUCGAAUGAUUCAUCACUAUCUUCAACAUCGAGCAUUUUGUUGGAGAAAUUACCAGCAUUGAAUAGAGAACUCAAUCUCGGGGUCCUUCAUCACAGACUUGAAGCUAUCUCACGGUCAAGAAAUGCUCCUCCUAGACCUCCUCCAUUAUGUUCAAUGUGUCAGCACAAGGCUCCUAUAUUCGGCCACCCUCCUAGGUCGUUCACGUAUUCUGAACUGAUAUAUGCUACCAAUAGCUUUUCACAAUCGAAUUUCUUGGCUGAAGGUGGAUUCGGUUCUGUUCAUCGAGGGAUCUUACCUGACGGUCAGGUCAUUGCUGUGAAGCAACACAAGCUGGCUAGUUCUCAAGGUGACAGAGAAUUUUUCUCAGAAGUCGAGGUUUUAAGUUGUGCACAACAUCGGAAUGUCAUAAUGCUGAUCGGAUUCUGCGUUGAGGAUGGAAAAAGAUUGCUAGUUUAUGAAUAUAUUUGCAAUAGGUCUCUGGAUUCUCAUCUUUACGGUCAUUGUGGAGAUACAUUGCCGUGGUCUGCACGACAAAAGAUUGCUGUUGGAGCAGCUAGAGGAUUGAGAUACCUUCAUGAAGAAUGCAGAGUUGGAUGUAUAAUACACCGUGAUAUGCGGCCUAACAAUAUCCUUCUCACCCAUGAUUUCGAACCUUUAGUUGGAGAUUUUGGCUUGGCGAGAUGGCAGCCAAAUGGAGACACCGGAGUGGAAACUAGAGUAAUCGGAACAUUCGGGUAUUUAGCUCCAGAAUAUGCCCAAACCGGUCAAGUUACUGAAAAAGCUGAUGUCUACUCCUUUGGAGUGGUCUUGGUAGAGUUAAUCACGGGACGAAAGGCUGUGGACAUCGAUCGGCCAAAGGGACAGCAGUGUCUUACAGAAUGGGCACGGCCUUUACUCGAAAGUAAUGCCAUUUGUGAACUUGUCGACCCCCGCAUGGGGAGCCUAUAUGCAGAGCAAGAGGUUUAUGGCAUGCUGCGAUGCGCUUCCUUGUGCAUCAGACGGGAUCCUCAUUCAAGGCCUCGAAUGUCUCAGGUGCUUCGGAGGUUGGAGGGGGAUGCGGUCACAAAUCCGAAAAUCGAUGCAUGAAUUUCCCGGGAUCCUGAAAACCGUCUGCCGAGCAGGUGAAACCGGUGAACAUAGGGUCGAAGUACCUUCGCAUGGUCCAGUGUUCGAACGAAGUUCGAAAAGUAUUGGUACAUGCACUCCACAAAGAGCAGGUCAUUGUUGAAAAACUCCCAAAGACGGAGGCAAAUUUAAGAAAACUGCAGGUUCGGCAGUUUGAUUUCCAACAAACGAGCCAUGAUUGCAAAUUACAGGUUAUCGAAAACACACGCCAAGGGGGGCAAACACAGAAAUUG